AUGUAUUUUGCUUCGGAGCUUUUCUGUGCAAAACUUACAAUGCCGGGUACGUUGGCAUUGAUUGGUUCACGGCACAGUGGUGUAACAGGAGUACUGUCUGUUGAAGUUGGCGAGGAGCUUGUGGUUUUUAAAUGA